AUGAAAUGGGUUGAUCCAAAUUAUACGGAUGCAAAUCAUUUUGAUAAGGAAAAGCACAAACAAUUCAAAUCACAGUUUUUUGCUAUUAAUAUAACGGUUUGUGCUCAUUUUUACAUUUUAUUUAUUGAUCUAACUUAUUUUUGUAUAGCAAAAGAGAAAAACGCCAUUCGCAUGUUUUAUGAACAAGAAGUUUGACGGUUUUACAUCGACAGAUGACUUCAGAAAAAUUGUUAAAGAUAAUAUUCUGGCGAAAAAUGAUAAAUUUGAUUUACUCGGCUUCAUUCCUUCAGAUGAUAAAAUUGAGAUUUGGAAAGCGCGUUUCAUUUUGAUCGUAGUUUGGUUGUCCAAUGUUCUUCAUGAUGAAAAAGAGGUUUGAUUUUUUUUCAAUUCAAACACAAAUUUUUACUUUUUAGCUUUUUCUGAAUGUCAUCAAAGCAUUGACAAUAAAUUGUGGAUUUUUGAAUUUUGAAAAGGAAGCAGAUAUCAAAAAAUGGGUUGAUGGUGGAUUGAAAAUGUCGGAAGAAUAUGUUAAUUUUGAUAAACUUCGAGAUUUUGAAAAGAUGAAAGAGAAGACUAAAAAGAAAGAAGGUGAAAUUUCUGAAAAUGUAUUAUUAUAAUUUUUUAAUUUUUAGAAAUUCUCAAGAAUGCUUUGAAAGUUCCAAAAUCAUCGGCUCCGAAAUUACUUCAACAAGCUUUGAAGAAAGAUGAAACACCAAAAGAUUGUCAAUUUCCGAAUUUCAAACGGGGAUUUUUGAAUAAUACUUCAACAGAAGAUGAGCCAAAAAUCGAACCAGUUAAAGUAACAACAAAAGUUGUCAGGAAAACUGCUUCAGAUGUUGUUGAUAAACUUAUCACAUAUAUUAUGUAGGUUUUUUCAGCAAACCAGAAAAAAAGUAUGAACUCAUCAACUUCUUUUCAGUAAUCAAUCUGGUUUCGAAGAAUAUACACCUUUGGAAGAUUUAGAUGAAGGAAUUCGAAAACAUAUGGUUGAUUAUUUGGAUGAAAUUGAAGCUGAUAUUUAUUGGAGGGUAAUUUUGAAUUCAUCAUUUUCUAACAUUUAAAUUUUUAUUUUUAGAUGAUGAAUAACGAAACUUUUUCGAAAUUAUUGAUGCAUAAAUUGGAGAAAUAUUUUGACUUGAAAAUUGAGAAAGGACAAAAACUUGUGAGAAAAAAGCGAGAUGCGCCUGUCAAAAAACCAGAAAAUGCUCCGAAAAUUGUUGAAACCAAAGAAACUAUUGAUGCUAUAGAAGAAAAUAAGAAAUUGAAAUUGUGAGUUUUUUUUCAAUUUUUAAAAUUCGUGGCUAUUUCCAGAAAGAUAGAUGAAAUGACAACAAAGUUGGAGGAAUCUCAAAGAAGAGAGCAGGUUUUGGAAGGAAUUCAAAUCAAGUUGAGAGCUGAACUUGAAGAGUGAGUUUAGCUGGAUUUUUUGUAGAAAUUUUGGAUUUUAAAAUUUCAGGGUUGGUAUAAAUAUUAAUGAGCGAGAAGAAGCUGCAAAGGAAUUGGAGAAAAAUUCAAAAUUGUAAGUUUGAUUUUCUUGAUCCACAAUCUCCACAUAUUUUAUUUUAUCUACAUAGGUUGCUGAAUAAAAUAAAGCAAGAUUAUCGAGAGGAAAUUCGAAAAUAUAAAGAAGAAGCUCAAACUCGUGAAAAUCGUAUUCAACAAUUACAAGACGAGCAAAAAGAAAAUCGAGAAUUUUUGAGAAAAGAACGGGAAAAAUUAUAUGCUGAAGCUGAAAAAAACUCGAGAUUGUGAGUAAAGUUUUUAAUAAUUUUUAUUUUUAAAAAUUUAAUUUUUCAGGGCAAACGAAAGUGUGAGAAAAAUGAAAACUGAAUUGGAGAAUGCGAAAUUUCAUGAGAAUAAUCAUUUGAGCAAAAUAUCGGAAUUAUUGAAAGAAAAUAGUCAAUUGAAAACGCACAUUGAAAUUUUGGAAGAAAAAUUGGAUUCGGAUAAAAAGUAAGUAAUUGUAGUAUUCUUAUUUAUGAAAAUCUUGUUUUUUUACAGUUCCGAAGAAAUCAGUCAAGAUAUUCAAAAGUUAGAUGUUUCAAGUUCUGAUUGUUAA